AGAUAUAGAAUUAACAACGUGCUCACACUGACAGACAUACAUACUUUAAUCACCAAAGACUACAUCAAGCAUUUAUGAAAGAAAAUCCUUUGUGAAGAUUAUUUCAAUUUAAUCAGGAUUAAAAGUAAAUAAAACUUUUAUCCUUAUCAUCGUUGAAUGAAAUAACUUUAGUUUGAAUGUCUUAAUCAGAAAAUAUACAGAAGGAAACAAUAAGAGUAUGGAGAGCCUGAUGUCCUGUGGUCUUCCUUAAUAACAACCCAUUUUCAAGAGGCUAUAAUCUACUCAAUAGAAAGCAUUCUACCAAGGAUCUUAAUCAGAUUCUGAGAAAAUUCACACUCAAAAUAAACAACAUGCCACUAAAACCAAAACAAUAUAGGUAUUAGCAGCUAUACAAAAGGUUAGCCUUUAUAGGAUGAGUCAUUUCUAAAAUGAUGAAAGUCUAAGUCUUUGAAGUGUUUUCUAUUCAAGCUGGAAAAUAUAUAAAGGCAGGAAUCGUUUACAAAGCAGGUUGACUGAGAAAUUUUUCUUCAUUUUACACGUACUUGUUUGACUCUAUGCAAACAUCAAACUAAGAAUGGCAAAAAUGACUCUCUCUUCCUACAUAUUAAUACUAACUUUUUCUUUGCUUUCUCAAGGUGUUGUACUUUCAGCAUCCAAGUCCAUAAGAAACUUAGAAGAUGACAUGGUUUUUAAUACAUUUAGCCUGGGAAAGGCCUUUCAGAAGGAAGAUACUGCAGAAAAAUCAGUCGUUGCUCCUUCCCUGGAACAAUAUAAAAAUGAUGAGAGUGGUUUCAUGAACGAUGAGGAAAAUAAAAAUUCAAAGAAUGAAGGCUCCAAGCAUAAUUUCUUAAAUCACGGUCUGCCACUGAAUCUGGCUAUAAAACCUUAUCUUGCACUAAAAGGAUCUGUAGCUUUUCCAGCUGAAAAUGGAGUUCAGAAUACUGAAUCAACACAAGAAAAGAGAGGAAUUGGAGAUGAAGAAAAUUCAGCUAAAUUUCCUAUAGGAAGGAGAGAUUUUGACAGUGAGUAGUCUUUUUAAAA